AGGAGAACAACGAUGUCUUGGCUUAUUGGUUAUCCAAUGCUUCUACACUUCUCUUGUUGCUCCAGCGCACACUUAAGGCGAGUGGUGCUGCUGGAAUGGCUCCUCAACACCGCCGUUCUUCCUCAGCAACUCUGUUUGGGAGGAUGACACAAAGUUUCCGUGGAGCUCCAGCGGGAGUCAAUAUUUCCUUAAUCAAUGGUAGCAUGAAUGGGGGAGUAGAUACAUUAAGACAGGUUGAGGCCAAGUACCCAGCUCUGCUUUUCAAACAGCAGCUUACAGCUUAUGUGGAAAAGAUAUAUGGAAUGAUUCGAGAUAACUUGAAGAAAGAAAUUUCUCCUUUGCUUGGAUUAUGCAUCCAGGCACCAAGAACAUCCAGAGCAAGCUUAGUUAAGGGGUCAUCACGUUCAGUUGCAAACACUGAAGCGCAAAAGGCCCUGAUUGCUCACUGGAAGGGAAUAGUCAAGAGCCUUGGGAACUUCUUAAAUACUUUGAAAGCAAAUAAUGUAUAGGAUUGAUGUUGAGGUCUGCGAUGGCAAUGAUUCAGCCAAGGAACUUCGCCUAUGACAAUCAUGCAACUCUUCUGGAACACGAUGAUAGAGUCAUGAUGGCUGCUUGUGAUGCAUUUUGUGCCGUUCUCAAAUAGCAAAUUCGAUGAAAGAGCUGCAGAGCGAUCAAUUGACUUCAUGAUUGGAUGGUUAGUAGCUCACAAGCUCUCAGCACAAUGGUUCAAGAAUUUUCUUAAGAGACCUUAGACUUUCUAAUAUUUAUAUGUAUGUAUCUUGUUACGAUAAGUAAUGUAACGAGAUUUAUAAAAGAAUCAUAUAUGAAGUAGUUACAUGUGAUUGUCUGCUUGGAAUUAGACUUGGAAUUAAUUAGUGAUAAUGUUAAGUAUUGACUUUUAAUGUGUUGAAUGUAACUUUGUUAGCUUGUUAAUUAGGAAUUGACAAUGACUUGUGGAAAAUAAUAUUCGGAAUUAUGUC